UCAGCUUCGGAGACAAGAGAAUGUGCUUUUGUGGCUUAAGCUUACCAUUUAGACGAUUCUCUAAUAAUCUUUAGUUUUCAAUCGUGGGCUUGGUGAACAUGGCCUCGUCGCUGUUAAUUCUUGUCACUUUCGUGUUAUUUGCGAGAAUAUCAGCUGAGUUUCAGGGACCUGACACCCAAAGCAAUCCUAAAAAUGACGGCAACAAUGACGAAGAAAAGGCCAAACUAAGGUCAGUUUUAUUAUUGAUUGAUCGAAACGGUGACAGUGAAAUUUCAGUCAAAGAACUUUCUGCUUGGACCCAAAAGAGCAUGAGAACUUUUUACAGACAGGAGGCCGACGGUAGACUGAGUUCACUGGACUCUGACAAAGACAGCAAGGUUUCCUGGGGAGAGUAUGUCAAGGGUGCUGAAAACAGAGACGGUUUUACAGAAAAGCAAAAAAGGCGUGAUAGAAGAAGAUUUGAACACGCUGAUGCAAACAGAGACAGUUUGCUGUCACGCGAUGAACUGAUUUCCUUAUUCCACCCCGAAGAAAGUGCAAAUAUGUUUGGAGUAAUAGUUGAGGAGUUCAUGGAAUACAUUGAUAGCAAUAAUGACGGUUUUCUAUCAUUUAAAGAGUACAAAGGGAAAACAGCAGAUACUGGAAACGCGGACGAACACUCAGCGAAAGAAUCCUUUAAGAGACUGGAUAAAGACAGUGAUGGAAAACUUAACAAAGAGGAGAUGAAGCUGUGGUUAGCAGCAGUAAACACCUCGGCCCAAGCAAAUAAUCAAGCACAAAGACAAGUUAAAUUAGCCGACGAUAACAAGGAUGGUGUUUUAAGCGAAAAAGAAAUCAGGAACCAUAUGGAGAUUUUCACCGCCGGGCCUGAAGGAUUCCAAACAAGGCAAAAAGUUAAAGACGAAUUGUGAAGACACUUAGUAUAAAAUACUCUUCUCUGGUCCCUCUGUUCGUCUUCCAAAGAUGCAAACACUGAAUUGAAGAGAAAAGGAAACAGAGAGGACGAGAUAACAAUAAGGGAAGCAACUUAAAACGAAAAUACAACGGUCACUCUACGUUUUGAACAUUGGUUGGUGUUUUUUUUUGUAAGAAACUUGGGAUCACGAAGAUCUCAUAUAAGUACGCACUCUUUUAGACCAGUGGCUUAUUGAAAACAAACUUGGGAAUCGCGUGAUAUGACAACCACAAGCCCACGAUUAUUUUGGCUUAUUGUCAACGGUAUGGUCUCCAAGAACGACCAUACCGCUGACAAGAAGCCGAGAUCGCCCUGGGCUCAAGAUCUGUGAUGUGAUUGAGUGAAAUUAUACUAUUGUAGGUAAACUUGGAAUACCAUUAUCAUUGGUUGAAAAAAACACAAUGUUUCACGAUGGUGCUAAGUCAUUUGUUUGUUUAAAAUCUUGUUUAUACAUGUUUUUAAAUGACAUUGAGACUAUUGGCUUAUUUUCAUGCUGUUCUAGUUCAACAAGUUUGUCUAUUAAUCCCCGAAAUUCUUACCACAAUACCUUAUAAAUAACCUUGAAAAAAAUGAAGCUAAAAAGCUUUGCAGGCGAAAUCAGUGCAAUAGUUUUGAUAAGCGACCUGUCAGUUCGCUAGAGAAAUCGAAAUACUUGUCUAGGAGGACCAUAGUUUGUAACAUUAGACAAAACUGAAAUAUCACAGUUGGCUUUCGUAGAGUGGUAAGGAAUACGCGUUAAAAAGGUUUGUGUAUUGCAUGCAUGCAUUAGAAAUUGA